AUGGACUCAACCAUUGAAGUUACCCAACGCCUUGAGAGGCUCAGCAUUGCCACCAAUCUUCCCUCUCUCACUCUCAACGAAGCCUCAGCUUCUGCUAGUCCUUCUCGCCGCAACAUGAACCAGCCUUUUGUCUCUUCCGAGACUUCCACUCAAGCUCCAACACCUCACCAAUCCCAAGUGCAGACCUCAACCGCCAGCACCACCACUCAAGACUCUGACAACGACGUCACCAUGAGUGACGACCUCAUCACCGCCACCAGAAACCUGUCACUCCAAAGCCGCCCACUGCAAGAUCGCCGGGCCUUGGAUGCACACGGCCGCGGGCACGCCGAGUGGUCUCGCCUGUGCAACCAACGUUCUGCUCGCCACGGCACCGUCUCAAUCGCCAUGAUGAACAUCCGCGCACGCGAGCGCCAGGCCGCCCAAGCUCUCCCUCGGUCUCGCCCUCGUCCUCGUCCUCGCACCUCCUCCCGCGAGGCCCGCGAAGAAGCAGGAAGCUUCUUCAGACAUUGUGCCCAGAUCCAAAACCGCCGCCAGGGCCAGACUGCCACAGCCCACCAAUACCACCACCACCACCACCACCACCGGCCUCGGACUUCUCCGGUCACUACAACCACUGGUGGCAGUGAGGCUGCGGGCCUGACGAGAGAAGAGCACCAUCGGAAUUUGUUCCGGGCGCAGCUGAGAUGUCGCCUGCAGAUCAGGAUGGUUUCUGCCAUUGCUGCUAGGGCUGGACAUUGA